UGAUUACUUCAUUUGAAAGUAACGAACCGAGCCGGACCCGCUUAGGUUCCGGACGGGCAAGGGAGGCUAAAAACCUCCCCACCGUCCCCAUGAAUAGCACCGCUGAUCCGAACAGCGACUUCCCAUGAAAAAAAAAGAGACAUUUUUGUUGCUUUUCGAGCUUCGUUAUCCCAGUUCGUUAACGAGACUUGGGGCCUGCUUAAGGAUCUGCAACGUUUGCUCUAGAUGAGUGCAAGCUAGGCUUCGUUUGUACCAGUAUUUAUUAAGGUAUUGUUUUUAUUUUUUGAUUUUUGUGCGAUGAGUUUGCCAUCGAAAGUGGUCCCCAAGCCCGCAGCUGUCGCAGUUAGCGGACCUGGAAGUGGCCCCUCUCCGUCAAGCCAACUGCGGGCUACCCUGGCCUCCGUGUCUCUGCCGCCGGGAGCCCCAACCGCUCCUCAGCCUGGCGCCCUACCGCCGCCAAUCCCUCGUGUUCAGCCUUCGCUGGAUGACCGGAUCUUCCCCACACAGCCUGGAGUCGCCAUCUACAGCGUACCCAGACAUGCCGGCCCUACAUUCACAGGUCCCGACCUCACAAAGGGACAUCCGAACUUGGCGGGAACCCCGCCUGGUCAUGCCCACUCCCCGGUGCUCUCUCAGGUAUCUGUACCCACGGCUUCCCCAUAUCGCUACCCUAAGGGCUGGGAGACGGGCGGAGGGCCUCCCUACAACCCUGGGCAAAACGCUGGCUCCGCUCCUUUAGUGUAUUCUGCGCACAGCCAAACACAGCCAAUGAAUGCUCAGCCGCAGAGUCGCCCGUUUGCUACGGGCCCUCGACCAACCCACCAUCAGGGAGGAUUCAGGCCCAUCCAGUUUUUUCAGAGGCCUCAGAUGCAGACUGCAAGGCCCACCAUCCAGACAAACGCAGCCUCCAUGCGACCAGGCUCCCAGACCCCCACAGCUACGGUCUACCCUACUAAUCAACCCAUUAUGAUGACCAUGGCACCGAUGCCUUUUCCUUCACCGCAGGCCACACAGUACUACAUCCAGCAGUAUCGCCCCAGUACACCCUUCGUGGGACCCCCGCAGCAGUAUUCUGUACAGCCUUCAGGCUCUGGCACCUUCUAUCCUGGUCCAGGACCGGGGGAGUACCCCGCCCCAUAUCAUCCCCUCAGGUACCACCCUUCAGUCUCACCCUCUGUCCCCGCUCCCGUUCCCACAGCUGGUCCGCCUUUCUACCCCGGACAGACACUGUACCCCCCCUCAACCCCCAUCAUAGUGCCUACACAACAUUCAAUCAAGCGUGAAAAGAAAACAAUCCGAAUUUGUGACCCUAAUCAGGGUGGCAAAGAUAUAACGGAUGAGAUCUUGGCAGGAGGCUCAGGAAGCAGGAAUUCAACGCCUCCCAUUGGUCCCCACUCCUCCACCCCUACCCCACCCCAGCUGAGCAGCAGCCAGAGCCCGGAGCAGCAGCAGCCAUCGCAGGCUCCACCGCCUCAGCAGCAGCAAGCUCAUCCCAGCAGCCACAUGUUGGAGCCGCCGCAGACACCACACACUACACAGUCCCUAAAGCCGCUGACAACUGGGGCUUCAGACACCAAACCAGGUCCAGUUGAUAUGCCAAAAUUGGAGCAAGUUGUCCAGAAGUCUUCCUCUCCUGUGCUCGUGCAGCCUGAGGCUCCUUUAGAGAGGCUGGAGGCCAGCGUUCCUGUAUCUGAGCCCCUUGCCUCUGUCAAACCAGAGCUUCCCUUCAUUGCCUCGCUCACUGCCACAGUAACUUUACCAAACACAGUGGCCAACACCAGUGAAUGCUCCUCAGCCAGGGAGUCCACUUCUUCAGCCUCCUCUCCCUCCUCCUCUAUUGGGGAGAUCAAACCAUCUCUGGUAACACCUCAGAUGCCCACCACAGACAAGCCUCUUUCAGAUUCACCACGAUCUUUAGCUGCUUCUCCGUUGCCCGCUCUGAAGGCUUUGAAUGGCCUUUCAGACUCUGGAAGUGAGCUCGACGCAGUUCCUUGUGAGCCCUCUCUCCUGCCUCCAGCUGCGCUCCAUCCCCAGGUGUCUGCUCUUACUUACAGAGACACCUCCCCUUCUGAAUCCUUGUCUUCUGACGUGAGGACGGAUGUACCGAUGGCUGCUGCGCUGUCCCCACUGUCACCUGUGGCUGUGGUGCCAGUCACCCUCACCUCGAACCCCAUUCCAGCUUUGCCAGUAAUGCUCCCCCCUGGCCUUCCGCCUCUAGUGCAGGCCACAGCAGAGGCAGAUGAGCUGAGUAAAACUUUAGACACUAAGGACCUUCUUACCAGAGGCGGGACAGAGGCCCACAGUGUCACCAGUGAGAGCAAACCCGAGGCCCAGCAGCAGGCACUUACCAGGAGGAGUCCCACUACAGUCAAUCAGACUUCUUCCACUGUACCAAAGACCUGGAGAAAACCAAAUGAAGUGAUCUUUGCUGGAGAGGCAUCUCAAAAGGAGGUCGAGGAUGAGGCCACGGUUGUCGAUCAGCCUGCUGGAGACCAGGCCCUUCAGUCAGCUCCUCUAAGCUGCAGCCCCACACCGCUGCCAUCAGUCUUCCCCUCUGCUACUACUCCGACUCCUGCUCCCGCCACCAGCCCACAGGCUGACGGAAAGCCCGCCACUCCGGAGGAAAACGGUGAGGCAGAGCUGGAGCCCAUGAGGAACGGAGCAGGUCACAUCUCGGAGACUGAGAGCAGCGACAGCGGAGUCGCUCCUGGCGACAAGGAGAACUCAACGGGAGCUUCACAGGACAUGGAAGACCUGGCUGAGCCCAGUGGGAAGCGACAGUAUGGCAGAGAUUUCCUGUUAGGCUUCCAGUUCACGUCAGCAUGCAUACAAAAACCUGAGGGCCUCCCACCGAUCAGUGAUGUGGUGUUGGACAAGAUGAACCAAAACAAGAUGCCGUCUCGUGUGGUGGACUCCAGGGUGAUUUCCAGAGGACCCGAUUUCACACCUGCUUUUGCAGAUUUUGGGCGGCAGAUGACGGGAGGACGAGGCACCGCACUCCUGAACAUUGGACAAUGGCGACCUCCACCCAAGAAGAUCAUCAUUGACAUGUCGGUUAAGGAUAAUGUUCAGCUGAAAAAAGCAGAGAACGCGUGGAAACCUGGCAUGAAGAGGGAGGGCCAGGCAGAGGACACAGAGGCACAGAAAACACAGGAGCUCUUCAGGAAGGUACGAAGCAUCCUGAACAAGCUGACGCCUCAGAAGUUCAACCAGCUGAUGAAGCAGGUGACGGAUCUCACCAUCGACACGGAGGAGAGGCUCAAAGGGGUCAUCGACCUGGUGUUUGAAAAGGCCAUUGAUGAGCCCAGCUUCUCUGUGGCUUAUGGAAACAUGUGUCGCUGCCUUGCCACGCUCAAAGUGCAGAUGACGGACAAACCCAACUCUACGGUUAAUUUUCGAAAGCUGCUGCUAAAUCGCUGCCAAAAGGAGUUUGAGAAAGACAAGGUGGAUGACGUGGUGUUUGAGAGGAAGCAGAAAGAGCUGGACUCUGCUGCAUCGACAACGGAGCGUGAGCGGCUGCAGGAAGAGCUGAAAGAAGCCAAGGACAAAGCCAGACGACGCUCCAUCGGCAACAUAAAGUUCAUUGGCGAGUUGUUUAAGCUGAAGAUGCUGACUGAGGCCAUCAUGCAUGACUGCGUGGUCAAGCUGCUGAAGAAUCACGAUGAAGAGUCUUUGGAGUGCCUGUGCAGACUGCUCACCACCAUCGGGAAGGACCUGGACUUUGAGAAGGCCAAGCCUCGCAUGGAUCAGUAUUUCAAUCAGAUGGAAAAAAUCGUCAAGGAGAGGAAGACGUCGUCCAGAAUACGGUUUAUGCUACAAGACGUCAUAGACUUGAGAUUGCACAACUGGGUGUCCAGGAGAGCUGACCAGGGCCCCAAAACCAUUGAGCAGAUUCAUAAGGAGGCUAAGAUUGAAGAGCAGGAAGAGCAGAGAAAGGUGCACCAGCAGCUGCUCUCCAAGGACAGCAAGAGACGGCCAGAUCCGCGAGAGCAGAGGGAGCAGCGCACGCAGAGAGAGGAAACCUGGAACACCGUGCCCAUGACAAAGAAUAGCCGGACCAUCGACCCCAAUAAGAUCCCAAAGAUCUCCAAGCCUCAGAUGGAUGAGAAGAUCCAGCUGGGCCCCCGGGCUCAAGUCACGUGGGUGAAGGGCAGCAGCGGAGGAGCCAAAGCCAGUGACUCAGAACUGUCUCGGACAGCCGGCCUAAACCGUUUCUCUGCACUGCAGUCCACGUCUUUACCUCAGCCCUCCACCACACCUCCACAGAACCCAGACUAUGACUCCAGGAGAACCCUGGGAAGUGGUCGCAGCAAUGCAGUCAGAGAGCGCAACGAGAAGCCUCUGAUCCCGACCACGUCCUCACGACCUGGCUCAUUCGUAAGGGGAGGCAGUUCAAAAGAGGUGCUGGAGAACCAAAAUCCAGAGGAGUCGCGAAGAGACCGGGAGCAAGAAGGAGCAGAACCUCGGAGGCCGAGCGUCACAGAAGAUAAACCUGAGCUGGAACGAGGCAAAAUCAAAGAACCUGUAAAACCUGAGCCAGUUGUUCAAAACCCUGACAAACCUGCCCUGACUGACGAGGAGCUCGAGAGGAAGUGCAAGUCCAUUAUUGAUGAGUUUCUGCACUUAAACGAUUACAAGGAGGCUGUCCAGUGUGUGGAUGAGCUGGAUUUGGGCCCUCAGCUGCACAUCUUCGUGCACGUUGGGGUGGAGUCGACCCUGGAGCGCAGUCAGAUCACACGGGACCACAUGGGCCAGCUCCUCUUCCAACUGCUGCAGCAGGGAAUCCUGCCCAAACACCAUUUCUACAAAGGGUUUUCAGACACGUUGGAGAUGGCUGAUGACAUGGCCAUCGACAUUCCCCACAUCUGGCUGUACCUGGCCGAGCUGCUGAGCCCAGUGCUGAAGGAUGGGGGCCUCUCUAUGAGAGAGCUCUUUAGCGAAUUAAGCAAACCUUUGCUUCCUGUUGAAAGAGCCGGGAUCUUAAUCUCUGAAAUAUUGCACUCACUAUGCAAACACAUGAGCCACAGGGCUGUGAGUUCUUUAUGGAGGGAGUCCGGCCUCAACUGGGCCCACGUUCUACCAGAGGGAGAGGAUGUUCAGGCUUUUCUCUCCCAGCAGAAACUCCAGUUCCUUGAACCGGACAGCUCCGGUCCUGAUGAGGCUCAAACCAAAAGGAUCUUGCCUCCUGAGGAGCUGAGCCAGCAGCUAGAGAAACUCCUCGUGGAGGACAUGGCCAGUGACGAGCACAUCUUUGACUGGGUAGAGGCAAACCUCGCUGAGUCUCAGACGAGCUCGUCUCCCUUCCUGAGGGCUUUGAUGACAGCUGUGUGUAAGGCAGCAGUGAAAGACGAUAACGCCAGCUGUCGUGUGGACACGACCAUCAUCCAGAAAAGGUUGCCUGUUUUACUCAAGUACCUUAACUCAGACACUGAGCGACAGCUGCAAGCACUUUAUGCACUUCAAGCGCUGAUCGUUUCCCUCGAUCAGCCUCCAAACCUUCUCCGGAUGUUUUUCGACUGUCUGUAUGAUGAGGACGUCAUUUCGGAGGACGCGUUCUACAAAUGGGAGUCGAGCAAAGACCCUGCUGAGCAGGAGGGUAAGGGUGUGGCCCUCAAGUCCGUCACAGCCUUCUUCACCUGGCUGCGGGAGGCGGAGGAGGAGUCUGAGGAUAAUUGACGAGGGAGACGCCCGGGACACGGCGUAGAACUGCAUCUUUAACACCAGAACAAACUUUCAGAACGGCUGCGCAGACGGAACGACGUGUUUACGGCUGGAUUUUCUUUUUCUUUCCUCCCCCCUUCCCCUCUGCGGUACGGUUCUGAAACAUGCCGCCAUCUUGAGUUUGGAGUCCAUCUGUGGAAGCACUAAAUAUCUGUAUCAUAAAUAGAAAAUAUUUUUGUUUUAAAUUUUAACUUACUUUUUUGUUACUUUUUAAGAAGAGACUUAAAAGAUACAUAGGUUCUGGACUUCUUAAUUUAUUAUUUUUUUAAGGACUGCAAAUAUGAAAGUUAUUUAACAUUUGCAGAUGCUCACAGUGAGGACACAGCAACAGAAAUAACAAUAUAAUUAUUAUAACAAAAUAAUUGAGGUAAAUAUCUUCCCUGGAUUUCACACUGUUUUGUUGAAAACAGGGUAAAAGCAAAAAAAAAAAAAAAAAAUUAGAAUGAAGGGGAAGUAGCGCAGCAACAAAGGAGUGGA